AUGGAUCCAGCUCGCACUCGACUGAAGAAGUCUGCUAUACCUACGGUCCCAGUGCACAAAGAUGGACUCAAGUUUCUUGCGUCACAGGAGGCGCGCGGUCUUCCUGAGCAAUGUCAAGACCACGACUACGCAAGCCCGCUUCAAGAGGCAACAUUGCAUCUUGACACAGGAGCAUGCCAUGACCCUACAGCACAGUCGUCAGGACUUGCCUUAGACCAUUCGGUGGAAACUUCAAUAUACCAUAAUCCUGGGCGAGCUGACAAUGAUGCAAUGGACACUGAUUCUGAGGCAUACCGGGCAUCCAAGGAGGUUGACGGCGAUUCAUCAGUUUCCAUUCCGGCUCAAGUCAUAAUGCCGAUAUGCAAAAAUAGUUCAGCCACUGAGAGCUAUCCGACAUCAGACGUUGAGGUAGUAGUGGAAUGCACAGUAUUGAACUACGGUAUUGAUGAUGGCGCUGCCAGUUCAACUGGUUCCACUUCGCAACCAGUCGACCCCCAGGAGGUCAAUGGUACAAGCUCCAACAUAUCUACAACCACAGACGGAGUCUCAGAAGGUGCAGCAGAUACAAGCUCCAACAUAACUAUUCCCACAGAUUCAGCCCAGGAAGGUGCAUCAGCUAUGGAUGUGAGCACUGUCAUUCUCCCACAAAGAGACUCAACACGGGCCACUUCUCAAAACAAGAGAGGAGCAAAGAAGCGGAAGUACUCGCCCCAGACAGAAAGACGAAUAGCAAGACUGCAAGAGAAAGUCAACAGGUACCGAAAGGCCCUGAACAGACUCAAAGCCAAGGAACAGCGGACCAAUGUCACAAAGGAGGACUCUCUACGUGUGCUCAAGGGGUUUGUCCCCAGUGCUGUCUAUACUCUGCUAUGCUCUCAGGUGGCCCUAUGUUCUGUAAAAAAACAAGGAAGAAGAUGGUCCGAAGAAAUGCAGAAAUUUGCACUCAAGUUAUAUUUUCAUGGUCCCAGAGCAUACAGGUUUCUUGCCUGUGUGAUGACGCUGCCCUGUGUCAGGACAAUAAGAAGGUGGCUGUCACGUAUCCGCAUGAAGCCUGGCAUCAUUCCUGGCGUCAUUCAAAUCAUUCAAAAGGCAACAGAACACUGGGCUAGACGUGAAAAAGCCUGCUGCAUUCUGUUGGAUGAAAUGUCCCUCAGCAAAGUUCUUCAUUAUGACCCAGGAGAGGACAUUAUAGUAGGAUUUGCUGAUGAUGGCACAGAGAGGACACCACGGAUUGCAAACGUCGCCUUGGUAAUGUUGUUGUCUGGGAUAUCACGACAGUGGGUACAGCCAGUUGCCUACACCGUUGCUUGCAAUGCUACAGGAGCAGAAACUAUGCAGAGGCUCUUGCUGGAGUUAAUUGUCAGGUUGAGGGAAGUGGAUGUUUGGGUGAAGGCCGUGAUAUGUGACCAAGGCGCAAAAAAUGUCUCCCUCGCUAGUCGUCUCAACAUCACUGCUGAGAGUCCUUUCUUCUCAGUCAAUGGUGAAAACGUAUUCUUUCUAUUCGACACACCACAUCUACUCAAGUGUGUGCGGAACAAUCUCCGAGCCCAUCAGCUGGAAAUAGACGGAGAUAUCAUUGACUGGUCAUACAUUGUUUCACUGCACAAAAGCUCGCACCCUCUACGUCCCAAGCUUGCACCCAACUUGACAGACAAACAUGUCUACAAAUCUGCAUUUGCAGAUAUGAACGUCAAGAGAGCAGCGCAGGUCAUGAGCUUUACUGUAUCAGUGGCCAUUCUAGUUCUGAUAUCUUUGAACGAAAUCCCAGCCACAGCAAAGCCAACAGCGGAGUUCCUCGAGAGGAUGGAUGUACUCUUCGACUGCAUGAAUAGCUCCUCGGUGAGAAAGACUGGACAAAAGAAGAGAUACGCACUAUCUCAGACGUCGGAACACAUUGCUCUCCUCGAGGAAUAUCUGCAGUAUAUAGCGAAAUGGAAAUUCAGAAGCCCACGGCAGCCACACACAAUUGAAGGCUGGCAGAUCUCCAUCAAAGCAGUUCUCCUCCUGUGGGAAGAUCUCCACAAGAACUUCUCCUUUCCGUACUUACUGACACGGCGACUUCAACAGGAUCCAUUGGAGAACCUGUUCGGAAUACUGCGUCAGCAACACGGGUGCAAUGAUAACCCAAAUGUUUUCCAGUUCACCGCCGGACUGAAACACAUCUGGGCUGCCAAGUUGAUGAGAUUAUCAAAAGAAGGGAACUGCGAAGACGACACUUCACUUUUUUUGUCCGAACUUGGAGCUGCGACCACUGCGACAGCUUCGGCUGAAGAUGCGAUACCUGCCAGUACGGAGGUGCCACAGCUUGGUGAAGGUUCAAAUCCUCUGAAUGUUGCCGGGGACAAUGCUUGCAUUGUUGAUGAAAAUGUGAUUUACUACCUUGCUGGGAUCAUUGUAAAGGACUUUCUUGCUGAGAAACCGGAAAACUGUGCGUGUGAGCGUUUUUUAAAGCCAGAGGACAGUGAGAUGUUGGCUGGUACACAUCAGUUUCUGGCCAUGCUCAGAGCAAACGAUGUACCCGGGGAGGUAUUUGGUGACGUCACAAUACCUUCUGCGAACUGCUUUGAGCUCAUUGAGAGGAUGGAGGAGAUGUUUGUCGACCUGAUUGGGUCAGCUGCACAUCUUCCACAUAUCUGUAAAUACCUGUGUACAGCACUGACUCUCGAAACUGAUAUAUUCUGCAGCUCUGUGUGUCAGGACAAAUUUGUAAAAAUGUUUACUCUUAAGAGACUAAAAUGGCAUCUCCGGUUUGUGAACCGUUCCUUGAAGGCGCAACGGUCAAGGUACUCUUCAGCAGCACGCAAGAUGCGAAAGCUUUCCUCUGCACGCAGGACUGCAGGUGGUCAAUACAAAGAUGGUGCUGCUGGAAGUGUAGACGGAGUGUAAGCGGACUGAGCUGCUGCUUUUUUAAAAACAUCUGUUAACUUCAUUUCAGGGGUAUUACAAGCUGUUUCCCUCGUUUCUCGUGCUUUCUGCAUGAGAGAACUGAUGUUCUGAGGCUGCAACAACAUAGAAAGGACAAACACAUACAAAGCCUCAAAUUGCCUAAGAAAUUAACGAUGAAAGAUGGAAGUCACUGAAAAGGUUAGCCAUCUGUAG